AAGAAGGCUCAUUCUGAGACGUCGUGAAAGGAAAAAAAAAUAAAGUUAGUAGUCUUGUUUAGUUCGUUGUUGAUACAGGGAACUUACUUCCAAUGAUAAAAGUAACUUCUCCAGAAAUAGUGUUUUAAUUCUAUCCACUUUUCACAUGGCCUUUCCAGUUUCAAGUAAAAUUAUUUUUUUCCUGCUGUUGUUUUUGUUUCUACUCUCAGCCACAGCCCAGCGUUCCAUUAACGUCACUUUGGGUUCAUCGAUAACUGCAAACAAAGCAAAUUCCAGUUGGGUGUCACCUUCUGGAGAAUUUGCUUUUGGCUUCCAGCAGAUCAUUCCAGGAGGUUACUUGCUGGCUAUCUGGUUCAACAAAAUACCUGAAAGAACCGUUGUUUGGUCUGCCAAUCGUGAUCGUCUCGUCCAAGAAGGAUCAAAAGUUCAACUAUAUGCAGAUGGGAGGUUGGAACUGCGUGAUCCUAGAGACCAGCAGAUAUGGGCUGCUACUUCGUCUCGUGGAGUAGCCUAUGGAUCCAUGCUUAACACUGGUAAUUUUGUUUUAGCAAACAGAAGUUCAGUAGUUUUGUGGCAGAGUUUUGAUGAGCCGACUGACACAUUAUUACCAACACAGAAACUGAAUAAAGGUGGCAUACUUGUUUCCAGCUUUUCUAAAACAAAUUAUUCAAGAGGGAGAUUCCUCUUCACAUUACAAAAUGAUGGAAAUCUUGUGUCUUACACCAGAAAUUUCCCCUUGGACGAACCGAUUUUUGCUUAUUGGUCAACAAAAACUACAGGCAGGGGCUUCCAGGUGAUCUUCAACCAGUCUGGCAACAUCUUUCUGGUAGCAGAAAAUAGAAGCGUACUCAAUUUUGUGUCUCCAAAUGAAGCCUCGACCAGUCAGUUUUACCACAGAGCAAUUCUGGAAUAUGAUGGGGUUCUAAGGCAUUAUGUCUACCCUAAGUCUUCUGAUUCAGAAGGUGGGAGAGAAAUGGCGUGGUCUUCUGUGGACUUCAUACCUUCGAAUAUAUGCACGAGCAUGGGGGAAAGGUCAGGAUUUGGUGCUUGUGGUUUUAACAGUUUAUGCUUAUUGGGAUCUGAUCAAAUACCACACUGCGACUGCCCUAAUGGUUACACUCUUAUAGAUCCAAAUGACAGGAUGAGUGGAUGCAAACCAAAUUUUGUUGCACAAAAUUGUGAUGAAGGGGCACGUGAAACUGACCUUUUUAGUUUCAUUGACAUGCCCAACACAAAUUGGCCUUUCUCCGAUUACGCACUUUUUAAGGAAAUCACAGAAGAUUGGUGUCGACAGGAUUGCCUCAAUGAUUGUUUUUGUGCUGUAGCGAUUUAUAACAACGGUAGAUGUUGGAAGAAGCAAUAUCCUCUCACCAAUGGGGCGAUAGAUUCUAGUUUAGGGGGGAAAGCUUUGAUAAAAAUAAGGAAUAGCAAUGCAACUGUAUACUCCUCUGUCUUUAAGAAGAGUGAAAGUUCCACUCUGAUCAUCAUCCUAUCAGUUUUCUUAGGCAUUACCAUGUUCCUAUUUUUAUCCCUCUUGUUGUAUGUUUUCUGUUUCAGUCGACAAAAAUCAAAGAGCCUUCAACCAUAUCAAGAUCUUCCAGGCCUGAACAUAAGAAGAUUCAGUUUCAAAGAGCUAGAAGUAGCAACAAAUGGAUUCAAGGAGGAAUUGGGCAGGGGCGCUUGUUCAACUGUAUACAAAGGGAUUCUUAAGAAUGACAAUAUUGAAAUCGUAAUUGCUGUGAAAAAGCUUUAUAAGAUGGCUACAGAAGGUGAACAAGAAUUUAAAGCGGAAGUAAACUCAAUUAGCCGUACUAAUCACAAAAAUCUAGUUCAAUUGCUGGGAUAUUGUGAAGAGGACCAAAACCGGGUUUUGGUAUAUGAAUUCAUGAGCAAUGGCUCUUUAGCAAAAUUGCUGAUUGAAAAUUCAAGGCCCAACUGGUACAAAAGAAUGCAGAUUGCAUUUGCAACUGCUAGAGGUAUUUGCUAUUUGCACGAAGAGUGUAAAAAUCCAAUCAUACACUGUGACAUUAAGCCUCAGAACGUACUCUUAGACGAAUUCUUUACAGCAAAAAUAUCGGACUUUGGAUUAGCCAAGCUUUUGAAGCCAGAUCAAUCUAAAACCACCACCGGAAUAAGGGGAACAAAAGGGUAUAUUGCUCCAGAAUGGUUCAGAAACAUGCCGAUUACAGUCAAGGUUGACGUUUACAGCUUUGGAAUCUUGUUGCUCGAGCUUAUCUGUUGCAGAAGAAAUUAUGAACCCAAUGUUGAGUUUGAGACCGAAAUGGUACUUGCUGAUUUUGCUUAUGAUUGUUACAAGGAAGGAACAGUGAAUUUGCUGGUGGCAGACGAUGAGGAGGCAUUAGGCGACAAGCGAUUUGACAAGCUUGUGAUGAUCGCAAUUUGGUGCAUUCAGGAGGAACCAACAUUAAGGCCUACCAUGAAGAGAGUAAUACAACUUAUGGAAGGAUCUGUUGAAGUCCCCAUUCCUCCAAAUCCCACCUCCUUUGGCACUUCAGUUUAGAUUCAUAUUUUUGUCCCAAUGUAUGAUAAUAAUUUGUACGAUCUUCGUAUUAGCAUCUCUGUUCAUGUCACUCGCUUCUAAUCUUCUAAUCAAUUUAAUUUUGUAAUAUACCUUAAACUUUCUUUC